GGAGAGGGUUGUGUCCCAAAAACAGGAUGAUUUUUGUAGGAGAUGAUGCAGAUGCAAUUAACAACGAAAAUCAGAAAAUAAAUGGAUAGGAGAGAAGGAUGGAAAGGAAUGUAGUAUUAUCUUCAACUCAGAUUAUUUGGUUUUCAGAUAGAACAGUUGAGCAGCUGAGAAGGGAGAUUAAGGAACCUUCAGUUACUGUUGUACAUCAGUGAGUGAAAGGGAAGGAUAUGUAAGAUGUACGUAAGGAACUUCCAUUUAUUUUCUUUCUUUCUCACUUUGCAGAAAUGGUGGCCUGUGGAACUCAGAUGUUGCUGUGCCUGCUAACUAUUGUUCUCCUGCCAUCUGAGUGGCUUUUGCUGGGAGUUGUUGCUCAAACAACAGCAGUUGAUAGUGGUCCAACAAUAGCUCCUGAAUGCCGGGAAGAGCAGUUUCCUUGCACACGUCUGUACUCUAUUCACAAGCCUGUGAAGCAGUGCAUCAGUUAUUUGUGUGUCACAAGUGUCCGUCGGGCAUACAUAAUAAACAAGGAGAUCUGCUCUCGUAUUGUUUGCAAAGAAGAUGAAGCCAUGCAAGAGGAGAUUUGCCGCCAGCUGGCUGGCCUGCCACCACGCCGCCUCCACCGCUCUGAUGAACCCCGAGGACCAUCCUGUCGGCGAGCAAAGGGCCAAUCUCAGAACACACUUGAUUCUCAGUGAUCAGAAAGCUGUAGGAAUGAGAAGAACAAAGAGGAACUGAGAUCAUACUGGAAACCCAUUCCAGAUUUACCUUUUCUUUUUUUUAAAAAAAAGUUUUUUAUUUUAAACACAUUAAAACAAAACACAAACAUACAA